AUGACCAAUGUGAAAAUUGCAUAUUUGAGCCGCAAAACACAGACAAUGAGAGGCACGGUAGCACUUGUCCAACAACUGGGAGCUCAUCUCACAUCUGGCACGAAUCUACCAGAGAGUGAACAACUUGUCGAUUCUUCUCUCACCCCUUUGGGAGAAACCACCUCUACGACCGACGCCAACAUGCUUGGAACGGGGACCAACUUACCUGAGGUCGCUGUUGCGAAAGGCGAUAAUAACUAUCUGGUGGAAUCAACCGAGACGGAGAAACCUCAACACUGUACUAAUCAGAUGCAUUCAAAUUUGAUUGAAGGCAGACUUCACCAGGAACAUGGAGAUACGGCGUUGGAGAGAGUUUCAGAACCUCUAGCUGCUGGAGAAUGUGUGCUUUCGUAUCUUGAGAGCGGUAAUGAAAGUGUGGUGUCGUCCAAUUCAUCCAGAGAUACAUGCAACAAAAUUCUCCCUGCCCUGGCAGCGGGUCCGCAAACAGACAAGCAAAUGAGCUGUAUCGAGAUAGCGGAGGAAGUCGGUCUUGAUAGAAUAUGGUGUCUUAAUUGUGCUUGCAAUUUUGAUCCAGUGAAAGACCUCGAGAUCCAACCAUUUGUGCUUCGGAGCAUGGCAAGCCUUACCAUGUUACCAGGCGAUCUCGAUUGUUGUUAUAACUGCAUUGACACGGCCGUCCUGACCUAA